AAGAAGGAGAACGGAAAUGACUUGCCUCUUUACUGCUCAACAAUUCAGUCUUCGGCAUCGGUAAGAGUUUGUCGAGGAGAGAUUAGCUGCUGCUGAAGACGAAAUCUUCUCAGAUCUUCAGAAACGAUCUCCCAGCAUGAGGACGACAUCAACCGUGAGCACAGACUGGUAGAGACUAACCGGAAACUCGAGAUAAAGUUACAAAUAAUAGACCUCCCACAACAACAUGACCAGCAAGGAGGACUCAGAUCAACAGAAGACCUCCAACAACGUGACGAUUAAGGAGGACCCAGAUCAGCAGGAGACCUCUGAUAACAACAUGAUGUUUAAGGAGGACCCAGACCUGCAAGUUUGUAACCAGGAGAGGAACUCCAGUCUGGAGAAGGAGAACCCAGAGCCGACACAGAUUAAAGAUGAACAGGAGGAACUCUGCAUCAGUGAGGAGGGAGAGCAGCUUGUAGUGAAGGAGGAGGUUGAUGGUAUCAUCGUUUGGACUGGUAAAGAACGGCUCAGUCUUCUGGAUAAAAUCUGGAAACCAAAAGAAAACUUGGACCUCCCACUACAACAUGACUGUAAGGAGGAAGAAGUACUCAUAGACCAGCAGGUCUGUAACCAGGAGAGGAGCUCCAGUCUGGACCAGGACUCAGAGCCCCCACAGAUUAAAGAUGAAAAGGAGGAGCUAUGCAUCAGUCAGGAGGGAGAGCAGCUUGCAGUGAAGGAGGAGGUUGAUACUUUUACAGUCACUCCAGGAGCAAACACUGACCUGCUCCUUUCUUGCAAGUCUUCUGAAACUGAGAGCCAAAAACAGGAAGAAAGCAAGCAUGUGCUCUCAGGAUUGAUUAUACAUUUUGAGCUGAAGAACACAUCACAACAGACAAAUAAGAGUCAGAGUAACACAGUAGACACCUGUCUCGAAUCAGAGAGUCAGGGUAAAACUGAUACAAACAAAAAGCCUAUAAAAUGUGAAACUUGUGGAAAAACAUUUCGGUUUGACUGCCACUUAGCAAAACACGCACGAGUUCACACGGGUGAGAAACCUUAUACUUGUAGCAAUUGUGGAAAAAGGUUCACUCAGAUGGUAAACUUGAAAAUUCACAUGAGACUACAUACAGGUGAGAAGCCAUAUACUUGUAACACCUGUGGGAAAAAGUUUACUUUCUUAUCACCUUUCAAAAUCCAUGUUAAACAUCACGCAGGUGACAGGCCAUUUCCUUGUAGCAUCUGUGGAAAAAGAUUUGUUAUAAAGGCGGGACUGGAAAGUCACAUGAAAAGUCACACAGGUGAGAAGGCGUAUCCAUGUAGCACCUGUGGGAAAAGAUUCUCACUGAAGUCAGGAUUGGACAGUCACAUGACAAUCCACACAGGUGAGAAGCCUUUUUCCUGUAGCACCUGUGGGAGAAGAUUCAGAAAAAAAUCAAUAUUGGAAGGCCAUUUAAGAACGCACACCGGUGAGAAACCUUUCCCCUGUACCUACUGUGGGAAUGUAUUCAGUCGGAGGGUAAACUUGAAAACACACAUGAGAAAACAUACAGGUGAGAAGCCGUAUUCCUGUAGUGAGUGUGGGAAAAGAUUUAGUAGCUUUUCAGGAUUCAAAAAUCAUAUGAGAAUCCACUCAGGUGAAAAACCAUAUUCUUGCAGCACCUGUGGCAAAAGAUUCACUCAGCGAUCAGGACUGGAAACACACCUGAGAAUUCACACGGGUGAGAGGCCACAUACUUGUGGAACUUGUGGCAAAAACUUCAGUGAUUCAUCAGCAAUCAGAAAACAUGUGAGAGUCCACAUAGGUGAGAAACCACAUACUUGUGGUGCCUGUGGAAAAAGUUUCAGUGAUGAGUUGAAAUUCAAAAGUCAUCUCAAAGUUCACACAGGAGAGAACUUACGUUUCUGUAGUGUCUGUGGAAGAGGAUUCACUCAGGUGAAUCACUUGACAAGACAUAUGAGAACUCACACAGGUGAGAAGCCAUAUUCUUGUAGCACCUGUGGGAAAGGAUUUGGUGACUUAUCAGGGUUGAAAAGACACAUGAGAAUCCAUACAGGUGAAAGACCAUAUUCCUGUACCACCUGUGGGAAGACUUUUAGUGACUUAACAGGAUUCAAAACUCACACAAGACUUCACACGGGUGAAAAGCCAUAUUCCUGUAGUGUGUGUGAGAAAAGUUUUAUUCAGAUGAUACACUUAAAAAAUCAUAUGAGAAGGCAUACAGGUGAAAGGCCACACUCUUGUAGCAUCUGUGACAAAAGAUUCAGUUAUGCCUCAAACCUGAAAAAUCACAUGAAAAGUCACACUAGUUAAGUGUCCCACUCACUUAAAAAGCUGACCUCAUAUGCAUUUUAUUUCCAUAACAUUAACAAACUGUACCGAUCAUGUAUUCAAUUUGCUGUCCUAUUCUUAUGAUAAAUGGCAGCAGUGUGUACCUGUCCUGUACCACUACACUUGCUGUUUUUCGGAUAAUCAAUCAAUAAUUAUCUUGUGGGGCAUAAGUUUGACACCCCUGAUGUAGCGGAAACCCUGAUUUUAUAUUUGUCUGAAUUUAUUUUUGUUGUUGUUUUGUUUUAGGCUGUAGACAUGACAAACAUAAGUUGUAGAUGUAGGUUGUGUUUUAAGAAAUACCUUUCUUAUAGAAAAUCAAGGAUAGAUGAACUUCAUGCUUUUUAUGGAAAACUUUUAAUUCAGUUGUUCAGAGUUUAGCAAGAAAGUGCCACACAUAGGACAGAAAUACGUCAUUAUGGACUUGACGAGCUAUUCAUAUUAAUGAAAAUUAACCUUCAGUGUGUGUUGAACGGUUAUGAGUUUUAUGCAGUUCAAGUAAAGUUUUAAAAGUAAUCCUUAUAUAUUUUUCUGAGUAGUAAUAUCUAAGAUAUAAAGGAAACAUAAAUUCUGCCUUAUUUCACACAUUUUUCUUGGUUACUGAUAUUUUUUAUAUAAAUGUAGAAGCAGAUUCUUUUUUUCUUUUUUGUACUAUUUGAAUAAACAUGUCCUCGUCUGUGUUAUAGUUCUUGUUUAGCAGCAGAUUCACAGUUCAAACUGCAUGAAAAUUUUAUCAAUUUUGGUGAUCAUGUCAACAAUUAUUUGUAUUGAAUUUGAUGUGAACUCAGUAACAUAGGGUUUGACCUGCUUGAUAUGAAAUAUAUAUACUCUCUAUUGGUUUAAUGUGCAGUCUAAUGAGAGGGAUGCAUCGAAGUAACCAACUGAAAUGAUUAGAAGCAAACCUUUUGUGCAAAUGUGGUUUUAAUAUUUUUUUCAACAAGAUGGGGAAAAGUGUUUUUACCUUAGAUCAAAUUUUAUAAUGGUAUUUUGGUUACAGGCAACUUGUUACACUGCAGGAGCUUUGCAUGAGUCACGGUCAGAACGAACCUGAUAUACUGAAUACUGCACCUUGGCGCAGCCCCACAGUUCAUCCUCCAUCUGAAACGAGGAAUUUUACUGAAUUUUACUGUUUUGUCAAACUUCGCACAUCUGUUGCAAAACAAAAUAAACCAUUAAAACCA